UGCUUGUGUAACUAGCUGUGGCCAGAUACACACACAAACACCACAGUCAUUGCCAAACCUCAGCAUGUCCAUCACUUUCAGUGCUCCCGUUGCUGUUCCUAGACACGUGCCCUGCCUCCUCGCUCCACUUUUAUCCUUGGCUCUCCCCUGGGUCCCAGACAGCAUCAGACUCGCUCCCUCCCCUUGCUGUUUCCCUUGUGCCUCUUGACACGGCUGCUGCAGCUUGCCUUUUGGCUCCCUUUGCUACAUACUAAAACCUCAUCCCUUCUUGUCCUGUGAGCACAGCAGACUGGUCUCCUGGCCAGAAAGAUGCCUUCUCCUUGAGGCACUGCCAGUGUCCCACAUCCCGACCCCUCUCCCACACCACCGGGACCCGCUGGGUGCAGGGCAGCGGUGAUGCUGAUUCCCAGCCUCCCGAAGGACACCUGAUCCCAGCAUUGCCAUAGCAACUGCUCCUACUGCUCCCUAGAUAAGGUGGGCAGCAGCACCCAGCGGCACCCCAGCACGGAAAGUUGGUGCUCCAGGGAGCCCCAGCGCCGAAUUGCACCCUCCCCUGCACCGCUCCUUUCAAAGGGGAAGAAAAGCCCAUUUCAAUGAUGUCAACAGAAUGUGUUCAGCCACUUGAUAUCCCAGAAGACAGACUGGACAAGCGAGAUUCACACUGUAACCAUUUAGAAGACCUCUCAGAGCAGCUGAUUAAGAGCUGUGACCUCAAAAAGAAACCAAGGAAAGGUAAAACUCUUCAGCCUUCCCAAAACACCGAACAGGAGCAAAAAAAGCCAAGGAGAAAAGAUACACCAGCUUUACACACACCCCCACCACUAACAGGCAUACUUUCAGACUUCUCUGAUAAUCUGCUGAAAAGGUAUGGUAUCACAGAGAAGCCACAGAGAGAGAGAGUGAGUCCAGGCUCUCAGAUCACUGAACUGGAGCAGAAAAAGCCAAGAAGAAAAGAUACUCCUGCAAUACACAUCCCACCCUUGAUAAUAGGGACUAAGCUGCUUACAGAAGAAAAGCAAACAGUGAUUAUGGAAGAUGAAGAAAAGGAUGGAGACACAAUCCCCAGCUAAGAUUACAGUGAUAUUUUCAACAAUGCAAUGUAAAUAAUUUUGGGUCAUUCGAAGUGGCAGCACAUAGAAAAAUAUGUCCUUUAAUUUUUAUAAAAAAUAAGUUUCUCAAACAUACACUUGAAUUUAAACUAUUUUCAAGUGCUUAUCUGCACCCCAUGAAAUCCCAGAAAGCAUCACAGGAUACGACAGAAAAUUCACUGAUUGGAAGGUUUCUCUUGGUUUUCUAAAAGCAUCUUCCCGGGAUUUUUGUCUCUGAGGGACCCACCUGAGCUCAGAUCUAGUAUCAUGUAGUGUGGUGAUGAGGAUUGACAAAAAGGAUCCUACCAAUAAAUACAGUGUAGCUGGCACUAGAUACCAGAGUGUCAGUAAGUGUAUGAUAACACAUACCACUGGAUAUCACAGGGUGGUAAAACCUCAGCUAAUGAUUCAAAUUGCAUUUUUCUCCCGACUUUUCGCCUAAUUUUUCCAGCUCUUCUCCACUGGAAUCAUG